GUGGCUGGUCCUGGAUCAGAUGUGGGUGGAGUUAUCUGUGACACACUGACAACUGGGAAACCUCCUGCAUCAGACUAACAGGUGUCCUCUCUCCUCCUCCUCCUCCUCCUCCUCCUCCUCCUCCUCCUCCUCCUCCCGCACAUUGCCGGGGGUCUGCCUGCCUGUCCGCCUCACACACUCUCUCCGUCCACUCAUCUGAACACCUCUACUCUUUAAUCAACCCGAAAACUUUGCAGGAAAUCCUUUUUUUUCUCCACCCUUAAAUAAUGCACUCCGCACAGAAAGACACCACCUUCACCAAGAUCUUCGUGGGAGGUCUUCCUUAUCACACCACGGACUCAAGUCUCAGGAAAUACUUCGAGGUGUUUGGAGACAUCGAGGAGGCUGUUGUCAUCACAGACCGACAGACGGGGAAGUCCAGAGGUUAUGGAUUUGUGACCAUGGCAGACCGGGCCUCAGCUGACCGAGCCUGCAAGGACCCCAACCCUAUUAUAGAUGGCAGGAAAGCCAAUGUGAAUUUGGCCUACCUGGGGGCCAAACCCAGGGUCAUCCAGCCAGGUGAGGGGUCUGACCUUCACGGGUUUACAUUUGGUGUGCCUCAGAUCCACCCAGCCUUCAUCCAAAGACCCUAUGGGAUUCCUGCCCACUAUGUCUACCCUCAGGCCUUUGUUCAACCUAGUGUGGUCAUCCCUCAUGUACAACCUUCUGCUGCUACGGCAACAGCUGCUGCUGCCACUUCCCCAUAUCUUGACUACACUGGAGCUGCAUAUGCUCAGUACUCUGCGGCUGCUGCCACCGCUGCAGCAGCUGCUGCUGCUUAUGAGCAGUAUCCAUAUGCAGCCUCACCUGCACCGACAAGCUACAUGACUACAGCCGGCUAUGGAUAUGCCGUCCAGCAGCCACUCACCACUGCUGCCACUCCAGGAGCAGCUGCUGCAGCUGCAGCCUUCAGCCAGUACCAGCCUCAGCAGCUCCAGACAGAUCGCAUGCAGUAAAGCCAUGGGCACUAACUACCUUAGAAGAAGAGAGCAGAUCCCAUGUUUCAAUGAGGAUGAAGUUAGGAGGAGGAACACAGUAGAGGCUGAAUGAUGAUUGCCACUUACAGGUUUAAAAUUAACAGUCUCUCUACUAAAGAGCCUGAAGAAUCUCUGGAGACAAAGAGACAUAGUAUAUUUUACUCACAGGACAUCAGUAUUUUGUCACCAUUAAACGUGUAAAAACGUAAGAAUAUUUAAUAUUUAUUAAGGAGAAAAAUAUUUAAGGUUAUCUCAGCUAGACUUGCUGGAUGUCAGCUGUUGCUGAAUUUUGUGGAAUUUGAGAUAAAUUCCAGGGGCGUUCAUGUCUUAUAAAUCAGGUGUCUUCCCCAGCAGUUUGAAAACCAACCUCUUGCAUACGAACAGUAUGUUGACAGAAGUACAUCAUCAUGCAGUCAUUGUUGAUAGUGUUGGACCACAAUUUUAUUUUGUGAAGCUAUGCAGAUGAUUAUAGAGAAGUCAAUGUUUAGUUCUAAUUGUUUCCUUUAAUAAUUGUUUGGAGUGAAAUAGAAUAGACAACCUCAUUUUGUUUCCUUUUUAAAAUGGAUUUUCUUGAUUGUGGAUAAGAAAAUACUAAGAUGACAGCUGAAGCUGGUACAAGCACUCACUUUUCUUCCCUUUAAAUUGCACCUCAAGGAAGCCUAGCACGAGGGGAGAAACAUCACUGAAUGUGAAUCUUUCAUUUUGACAAAAUGUUUCAUAAUGUGCCUUUUAAAUUAUACUAUUUAUGUAUUUAUUAUGGAGCCGUACAGUAAUAAACCCUUUUUGUUCAUAUGUUGUAUGGAGCCUAUGGUAGGAUGUGCACAUGUGCUGCUGCAUUUCUAAUGAUCAAGAACAUAUGAUGUUUAUACUUGGCUCAGCAAAGUGCUACACUGUGUAUAAAGAACAAAAUAUGUGUGAAAGCAGCAAAAAGUCAAACCUUUUUUUUUCCUGUUUUCUGUAGAUGAUCCUUUUUUUUCUCUCAAAUAGGUUCUUAAUCUUUUUGCUUUUUAUACUUGACCAGUCGGAUAAAUGAACGUGUGAGAACUUUAACUUUUUCAUGUUUUAUAUUUGAUGUCAUUGGACAUUAAAUAUUUUCUAAUGCAAGGACUUCACCUACUCGACCUUGCAUUUUGUAAUGCAUGACACAAAAUAAUGCAAAUGUUUAAUAUGUGAAAUAAAAGGAAAUAUAUCCUCUCA